AUGUCGAGCAAAAGAAGAAAGCUAGAUUCUUCUAUAAAACCUCAGCUGAGUGCCGUCAGUGCUUUCGCAGCUAGAAAGGCACAAGCUGCUGCCCAUAGCACUGGUAGUCCAGAAAAGGAGACGACAUCUUCUGAAGAUCAUCCAAAGAAACUUUCUCAGGAUGUGAAAAUUGAUUUCCCCUCCAGAAGUCUGAAUCGGGGUAAAUCGAGUCAAGUUGGAAAUGACUUUCCUUCUAUAAGCGCAGGCUUCAUUGCUGAGGGAAGUGGACUAGGAGAAGACAUUGGGAAUCAUGUCAUGAGAACCCUGGUCUUGAAGCUAGCACCUGGUGAGAGAUUGGUCAUUCUUGGACAAUGUAAUCUUGAGGUGGCCGAAGGACAAAUCACCAUUCUAGGGUCUAUACUAAAAGCUUCAAAAACUAAAUAUCAAGUAUAUGCGGCGGCCUCACAUUCGUUACCCGUGAUUAGGUGUCCAGAUGGAGAACUUAACCCUGCCGUACUCCGUCUUCAUCAGUCUGAUUGCGGGCUGAGAUCCUUGGAUUCUCUUUCUCCGCUCUUCGGAAAAUUAUGGAACGAAGACACGCGAGCAUUCAAAUCAGCACACAGUCGUCUUUCUGCAAAACUUGGAAAAAGCACAUUUCAAAUUGUACACAAAUCCUACCUGCAACCAAUCACCUCCCCACCAGAAUGGAACAAAACCUUGUCAAAAUUAUCCGGUACCCCUGGAGCAACAAAACGAAUCAUGCUCUGUGGUCCUAAGUCGUCUGGAAAAUCAACUUUUGCGAAAUUCCUUGUCAACCGACUUCUCUCCGCAAGUCAGAAUGAUGCUCAAAGUUCCACCCCGAACUCAAGAAAGGGUCCCGGUGUUGCACUACUUGAUCUAGAUCCUGGGCAACCCGAAUAUUCUCAUCCUGGUCAAGUAUCCCUCAUUCACAUUCAAGAACCAAACUUUGGACUGUCAAUUACCCACCCUGUACCUGGGAUCAAGAGUCGUCUUAUUCGUGCACAUGCUCUAGGCGCAAUAUCACCAUCUAUGGACCCAAGUCUCUACAUGUCAUGCGCACUCGACCUAUUUGCACAUUAUCGGAAUUUAUCCUCUCUCCAUUUCAAUUGUCCAUUGGUCAUCAAUACUCCUGGCUGGGUAUUAGGAACCGGGCUUGAAAUUCUUGUAGACUUAAUAGCUAAAGUGCACCCAUCAGAAGUCAUAUACAUGUCUAAAGAAGGUCCCGCCGAAGUCGUUGAAAGCUUACAAGACGCCGCUAAAACAACCCCUCUCAUUACCCUUCCUUCACAAACAAGUGAAUUCAUGACACGAACUUCUGCUCAUCUUCGUACAAUGCAGUCAAUGUCAUAUUUCCAUCUCGAUUCUACAAACAAGAAUGAACUUGCGUGGAGCUCAACGCCAUUAACAUCUAUCCCACCUUGGGAAAUAAAGUAUUCUGGCGAGAAUGCCGGUAUACUAGGUAUUAUGUGUUACGGCGAGCAACCGCCUCCAGAUCUUCUUGCAGAAACCAUCAACGGCUCUAUAGUGUCCGUUGUCGUUAUCGAGGAAGCAGCUGCAAUACCAGGUUAUACUUCAUUCCAACAAGAAAAAGACGAGCAAUCCGACCCUGAAACCCUUCACGAAUUCAAUUCACCUUUAACACUCGAUCCUAUAAAAACUCCUCUAAUUAUCCCUACACCACACGAAAGGCUCCCCUACUUCAAUCCUCUCAACGCCAUAACUUUAGACCCUCAAUUCUCACACACUAUCGGAACGGCUCUCAUCCGAGGAAUCGACAUAAAUCGUCAGCGUCUCCAAGUUCUCACUCCCAUCUCUCCAGAAGUUCUCGAAGAACUCAAUGAUGAGAAUAAGAAAAUAGUUCUAGUGAGUGGAAAAUUAGAUACGCCCGGCUGGGCAUACACAGAAGAAUUAAUGAAGAGAAUGUGGUUGGAAAAAGAAAAAAGAAGGAAUGAAUUACAUGGUAAUGAUGAUGAUGAUGAAGUGGAAGUAGAAAAAGAUGAAGAUGAGGAUGAAGAAGAGGAUAAAGAAGAAGAUGAAGAAGACCUCCCAACCCCAAAUUCAACAUCAUCAUCAUCAUCAUCAUCAUCAUCAUCAUCAUCUAAUAACACAACCAUAACAUUUCGCCACCACACGCCCUGGGUAGAAAAACUCACUGGCUCCCAGGGAAGAGGUAUAGGAGCGAGAGUGUGGAGAGUAAGGAGGGAUUUGGGUAAGAUGGAUGCGUGA